AUGCCUCCCAAAGAGAGCAAGCAAAAGAAGCUGGUCUCUUCCCAUAGAGAAAUUCAUGCUGAAGAAGCAUCUCAGGAGCCAGCUAUUGACACUGGCCGACUCCAGGACUUUAUUGAUGAAUGGGAUGAACCAGAAUUGGAUCGUAAGACCAAGUCUUCUACUCAAUCAACAGUUCCAAAAUCGCCAUCAAAAAGACAGACGAAGAAGUCGUUUGACGCCAUAAAAUCUCAGCUGGCAAUAGACUUUCUCCAGCAGCUCGAUACUCAAAUCACACUCGGUAAGGUUGGAGAAUUGACCCAAUCUACCGGGGGAGUCAAGAUUGUGUGGAGCAAUACUCUCAAGACAACCGCCGGUCGAGCAAACUGGAAGCGAGAAACUAUCAUCUCCAAACAUAUAGGCGACAGCGCCAAGGCAGACGUGAAGCAAUAUCGGCAUCAUUCUUCCAUUGAGCUUUCCGAGAAGGUCAUUGACGAUGAGCUGCGCUUAUUGAAUGUCAUAGCACAUGAGUUCUGCCACUUGGCAAACUUCAUAAUCAAUGGUAUUACGGACAAUCCUCAUGGGAAAGAAUUCAAAGUAUGGGCAGCGAAGUGCACCCAAUUGUUUGGUUCACAAGGCAUCAAAGUCACUACGAAACAUUCGUACGAGAUCGAUUUCAAAUACGUGUGGACUUGCACAGCAUGUGGCUGCGAGUAUAAGCGCCACUCUAAAAGCAUUGAUCCCAAGAGGCAUCGAUGCGGUGCUUGUAAGGCUUCACUUGAGCAGACGAAACCAACACCGCGCCAGACGCCAGCGGGUCAAUUAAGCGAAUAUCAAUUAUUUGUCAAGGAACAAAUGAAGGUUGUUAAAAGCGAAAAUCCAAACAGCCCGCAGAAAGAAAUCAUGGGAAUAAUCGCAGAGAGAUGGACCAAGGUGAAGAGCAAAGAUGUAUAA